AUGAAUGGAGAAUACCAGGAUCCAGUAUACUUGUCCGAUAUCGGUGCCACUAAUUUACAACCAUUGUUCAUUAGUUGUGCCGGAUUCCAAGCCAUCUUUUUUGUCGGCACUUUGGCAGCAGGAAUGUUUUUGAGAAAAACCCACAGAAUUCAACCAUACAUCACUAAACACCAGCCCCGGUUGGCCAUUGCCAGCAUCAUUUUCGCCAUCAUUGGACAAUUGGGGAUUUUGUUUGUGUCAAUCUUCAACACCAAAAAUUUCCAUAAUGUACACCUUUCCAUGGUGGGUGUAUUCAUUGCGUUUAUAUUUUUUGCAUGCUGUUGCGAUUUUGGAAUCAGUUUUGUAUUUGGAACAAAACCAAGCUUAUUGGAUCCUGUUCACGAUACGGUCAUAUUUGGAAAGUCGCGUACUAGCAACUUGUACUUUGUCAGUUUCGUGUCCAAGAUUGUAUGGUUGGUGGUGGCCAUUGUACUCGCUGCUUGCUUUGGAUACUACAUGAAGCAUGGAAACGAUUCGUUAUCUGCCAAAUUCGAGUGGUGUAUUUGUUUCUGGUAUGGGUUCCUUUUAGUCCUUUGGAGUCUUGAUUUGAUUCCUAGUGCCGUUAGAAAAUAUAGAUCGAAGCAUCCAGAAUUGUACCAGACUAACCAAUAUGAUUAUGAAAAACAACAAGAUGGAUCCAAAUGGGAAAGCGAUUUGCAAAACCAUGCCAGGCACCCAUCGUCGGAGAUUGGAGAUCAGCCCACAUUUGUUAAUUCACCAAUUAUGCAAAAUCAAAGGUUAGCUCAACAACAGUACCCUAAUGCUGAACAACACACUCAAGUUCCCGUUACUAAUGCAUAUGGAAGACAAGAACCAGUUGCUGAGAAUUAUGGUGGUCCCGAUGCUUAUGGAAGACAUGCAGCAGUCUCAGAUCACUACAAUGAUCCUGACGCCUCUGGAAGACAAGAACCCCUUGCAGAAAAUUACAACAACACGGCAGCCUACACUCCUGCGCCACAACAAGUUUACACAAGGUAG